AUGCCUUUAGUGGGAGUUGGGCGGCGUUACGGGGAAAAUGAAUUGAGCAUCUACAGUACAGUUUACUCUUUGUGCUUGCAGGUGGACAGGACAGAGGUGAUUCGUACCUGCAUAAACCCAGUGUACUCCAAACUCUUUACUGUGGACUUCUAUUUUGAAGAGGUUCAGCGUCUGAGGUUCGAAGUUCAUGAUAUUGGCAGCCACAAUGGACUGAAGGAGGCUGACUUCCUCGGGGGCAUGGAGUGCACUCUCGGCCAGAUUGUUUCCCAGAGAAAGCUGUCCAAGUCCUUGCUGAAGCAGGGGAACACAGCAGGGAAGUCCUCCAUCACGGUGAUUGCUGAGGAAUUAUCUGGUAACGAUGACUACGUAGAGCUUGCAUUCAAUGCACGGAAAUUGGAUGAUAAGGAUUUCUUCAGUAAAUCUGACCCAUUUCUGGAAAUUUUUCGCAUGAAUGAUGAUGCAACUCAACAGCUCGUGCACCGAACUGAGGUUGUGAUGAAUAACUUAAGCCCAGCCUGGAAGUCAUUCAAAGUAUCAGUAAAUUCUCUAUGCAGUGGAGAUCCAGACCGCCGGCUGAAGUGCAUAGUAUGGGACUGGGACUCCAAUGGCAAGCAUGACUUCAUUGGAGAAUUCACCUCGACAUUCAAGGAGAUGAGAGGAGCAAUGGAAGGGAAACAGGUACAAUGGGAAUGCAUCAACCCCAAGUACAAAGCCAAGAAGAAAAAUUACAAAAAUUCAGGCAUGGUGAUUCUGAAUCAGUGCAAGAUCCACAAGAUGCACUCUUUCUUGGAUUAUAUCAUGGGCGGAUGUCAGAUCCAGUUUACAGUAGCUAUAGAUUUCACUGCCUCAAAUGGGGACCCCAGGAACAGCUGUUCCCUACACUAUAUCCACCCUUACCAGCCUAAUGAAUACCUGAAGGCCUUGGUGGCUGUUGGGGAGAUUUGCCAAGAUUAUGACAGUGACAAAAUGUUCCCAGCCUUUGGGUUUGGUGCCAGGAUACCCCCAGAGUACACGGUCUCUCAUGACUUUGCAAUCAACUUUAAUGAAGACAAUCCUGAAUGUGCAGGAAUUCAAGGAGUUGUGGAAGCUUAUCAGAGCUGUCUUCCUAAGCUCCAGCUCUAUGGUCCCACCAACAUCGCUCCCAUCAUUCAGAAGGUUGCCAAGUCAGCAUCAGAGGAGACUAAUACCAAGGAGGCAUCGCAAUACUUCAUCCUGCUGAUCCUGACAGACGGUGUCAUCACAGACAUGGCUGACACCCGAGAGGCCAUCGUCCAUGCCUCCCAUCUCCCCAUGUCUGUCAUCAUCGUGGGAGUGGGAAAUGCUGACUUCAGUGACAUGCAGAUGCUGGAUGGUGAUGAUGGGAUUCUGAGGUCACCCAAAGGAGAGCCUGUCCUUCGAGAUAUUGUCCAGUUUGUGCCCUUCAGGAACUUCAAACACGCAUCUCCAGCUGCCCUUGCAAAGAGUGUGUUGGCUGAAGUCCCAAACCAAGUCGUGGACUAUUACAAUGGAAAAGGGAUUAAACCAAAAUGUUCGUCAGAAGUGUAUGAGUCUUCCAGGACUCUAGCACCAUGAACUCCACACACUUUUACAGAGUUCUGAAAUACUCCUCCUGAUAAUAUUUAAUACUUCUACUCCUGUACUUCAAAACUAAUAAUAUACAUUUAAAAUAGCACGUUUUGGUGAUUUUUAACUAACUGAUCAUUUUUUUUUUUUUGCAUGUGUAGACCCAAGGCCUGGAUCUGUCAAACCCUUGUAUUGUUAAAGACUUUUUACAGAGAAAUACAAAUAAUAAUAACUUCCUCUUUACAGCAUGUCACCUUGAAAUAAAAUGGAUAUGUAUCCGUUUUUUAUACAGGUUUGUUGAAUUUUGCUAAAUUUCUUAUUAUCUUUACACUGUAAAGCAUUUUGAAACAUUUAUUGAACGUUGAUAGCCAAAACAUAUUUGGUUUUAUCUGCUACAGGAUGAGAGACUUUCAAAAUGGCAGAUGCAUGGACUGUAUUUUGCAUGUUUAAAAUAAUAAUAAAAAUAACCUCACACUGUUUUUCCAGUUGUUAUCUAUAAUUCCUCCCUGCUAUAAUGGUCUCUCUACUAAAGAAGUCUAUCCACCUAGAGAUCGUCUUUUGGAAGUGGGUCCGGGGCAUUUAGCCCAGUAGCCCUCACACUUUAACUGUGAGCACAGACUAUCUGAGAGUCUUGCUAAAAUUCAGAUUUUAAUGUAGUAAGUCUCCAUACAGCUCAAGAUUCCGCAUCUCUACCAAGGCUCCAGGUGAUGUUAAUGUAUUCCUUAGACUGCACUAAGACCUGUGAGGUUCUCAACUUUACUGUGUCAUAUAAUAGAGACUAUCUAAAACAGGACAGCUCCUACUCUGCUUGAGAAUGGCACCUCUUCCCUGCCAAUUGCAUCAAGGUCCCGCCUGUCUCAGAGGUGAGAAUAGAAAGUAUUGAGACUGAUUCCAGAAGCUGCACACCUCACAUCAGUCUCACUGCUUUAUAGUCACACCUCUUCCUUAAACAAGACUAGGAAGUGCUCCUCUUAGCUUGCUUCUGCUCUCUGAAAGGAAGCAUCACAUAACAUUGCAUGGAUAGUUCCACUUUUAUGUCAAUCUCUAGCAAUGACCUCCAAGAGUUUUCACUGGAACCACCACAGUGGAAUUUUGUCCAUGGCAAAUGGACCCAAGAAACAUGGCUCCCUAGGUAUUUGUUCUGCUAACUUGAUCUUUUAGCUUAGUGGUGGGGCUUCUUUUGUCAUUCCUGAGUGCAAACUCUGUAAGCAGAAAUGCCUGGAAUUGUUUAGGGUGGAGGUGUUUUGCUUGAAUAUAUGUUGGCUAGAAAGGAAAACAAUGAAUGUUUCACUUGUAUAAUUUUCUUUCAGAGAAAUGGACAAGUGUUUUGUAAGCAUAAAAGGCAUAAACUAGAACUUAUUUUUGCUUAAAGAAAUGGCAAAGUAAAUCAUAAGGUAGAAUAAAUGUGUUUUUUGUUUGUUUGAGGGAGAACAAUAUUAAUAAGCAAAUCAAAUGCCUUGUAUGGUUUCCAGAGUUAUAAUUACAGAUCCUAAUCUUGCAAAUACAUGUCAACUAAGUGCAUAAUAUUUUGGGAAUGAUGGUAAAAAAAUUGUAUGACUGAAAAAAAACAUAAAUAUUUAAACUGUAUUGUUUUAUGAAUAAAUUGGGUACUUACAGAAUUUUUC